ACUAUCCUAUUUUUCUUUUUUUUGCAGUUUUGGCUUGGGCUGGGCUUGAACCCACCACCCCUGGUAUAUGGGGCCAGUGCCCUACUCUUUGAGCCACAGCUCCAGGAUCUUGGAUAUGGACUUUCUUCACUUCCUGGCCUUUCUCUUUGUCCUGCUGCUAUCUAGGACAGGGGCCACAGGCACCCUAAGGAGCUCCCUGGACCCACAGCUGGAGAUCUACAAAAAGAUGUUUGAGAUAAAGCGGCGGGAGCAGCUGUCAGCACUGAAGAACCUGGCACAGCUGAAUGAUGUCCACCAGCAGUACAAGAUCCUUGACGUCAUGCUCAAGGGGCUCUUUAAGGUGCUGGAGGACUCCCGGACGAUGCUUAUUACUGCCGAUGUGCUCCCUGAUGGGCCCUUCCCCCAGGAUGAGAAGCUGAAGGAUGCUUUCUCCCACGUGGUGGAGAACACAGCCUUCUUCGGCGAUGUGGUGCUGCGCUUCCCGAGGAUUGUGCACUACUACUUUGACCACAACUCCAACUGGAACCUCCUCAUCCGGUGGGGCAUCAGUUUCUGCAACCAGACAGGUGUCUUUGACCAGGGACCUCACUCACCUAUCCUUGGCCUGAUGGCCCAGGAGCUGGGAAUUAGUGAGAAAGAUUCUGACUUCCAGAACCCAUUUAAAAUAGACCGCACAGAGUUCAUUCCCAGCACUGACCCUUUCCAGAAGGCUCUGAGAGAAGAAGAGAAACGCCGGAAAAAGGAGGAGAGACGUAAAGAAAUUCGAAAAGGCCCGAGGAUCUCAAGAUCUCAGUCUGAGUUGUAAUCUUGGAGCAGCUCAGGGCUCAAGGGGGCCAGGAGAAGGCCAGUGAGGAGGAAGAGGAGGCAGAGGUAUGGCCGUGGCAUAGCAGCAUCGGCGCUGGUGGUCAGCAUCAGCCCCUUCCAGAUGCAGAGGCCACAUUUGGUCAGCUCCCUGGAGCCAGGUCUGAGCCCCGACUGAAGGGACUGAACCUUAGAGGGCUGGAUUUCUUCAUAGGGGCCUUCAUAUGACCCUGUGCUGCAGACAUGACCCUCUAGAGACUGGUAGGGGAGUGAGAAGGGGAUCCUGGCCCAGACCCUCUUGGUGGAUCAGGACCGCUGGCCAGCUGGCUAGUACCCUUUAUGGGAAAGCGGCAAAACCAGGUCCUGAGCCACAAGUGAAGGUGCCACCCCUACUGUGGGCCCCACUGUGUCACUGAGCGCCCAGCACAGAUCCCAGUCCCUCUACAGAGAUAUAAUAAAAGCCAGCAAACCCUUUGUGCUGAUCCAAGCUGGUGAGGAGGCUGUGAGGGGACCAGGGCCCCUCAGGGAUGUAAAAACUAGCUUAGAGGAUGUCUCUGCCUCAUGAGGAGAAGCCUCAGGCGCCUGCAGGGUAGAGUAAGUGGGCUUGGCUUAGGCCUCCUGUUCCCACCUCAGCAAUGCCCUUGACAAAGGAUCAAAGUUAAGAAGGGACUUGGAAGUGUCUUGGGAGGGUGUUUAGCCCAAGAGACCUUGGAGCAACAUGAUCUCUGUCCUCAGGUAUCUGGGGACAGUCAUUGAGCAGGCACAGGGAGGAGUCAACUUGUCCUCCCUGGCAGUACUGGAGGACACUUGACCUGCAGGUGGGGGGACGAUAGGAAGAUACACUGUAGUCCUGCAGGAUACCAUGCUUCAUAAUGGCAGGGCUACUCUGAGCUGCGUUGGUCAAACAAUGAACUCCCCAUCUCAGGAGGUGUGUAAGCAGAGACUUGUGGCCCAGGCCAGGGAAGAUUUAUUGGGGGCAGUUAGGCCCUAGUGGAUGGUGCGGUUUCUGUGGCCCUGGGUGGGGGCAGGUGCCCUUCAGUCAAGCCUCUUCCCUAAAGAGGAGGGAGAGGUUUCAGUGGGAAUUCUAGCUCUGCCUCUUUGACCUUGCAUAGCCAGAGUCUGCCUCUUAAAGAAGCAGAGACACACAACCAUCUUGGAUGCACCCCCUGACCCCACUCCUAUUCCACUGACAGAGCCCAGGCAAGACCUCAGUCUUUUUUUUUUUUUAAUUUAGAAGGACGGGGCCAGGUUCGAACCCACCAGCCCCAGAGCAUGUAGCCAGUGCCCUAACCGUUGAGCUACGUGCACCCAGCCAAGACUUCAGUCUUAGCCCAUCAGACUUGCUGAGCAAUCCUGGCCCAUCCUUCCCUUUCCUUCCUUUCCCUGUGCUAUGACUUCAUUGGCAAAAUGAUUUUGAUGGUAUCUGAACCUGUUCAGCCCUGCCCUGUUUGUCUGAGGCUGGCGUCCCUGGCUUUAGGGAGGCCUCAUAGAAAGGCCCAGAACAUUCUGCAUCCUAUCAGUUACUCAGAGGGUAAGAAGCAGCUGGAAGAGAGCUAGGAAGAAGCCUGGAGAAGUUUUCCCAUCAGAACUUCCCACCAGCCACCCCGUGGGCAGUGGAGGCAGGGCCAGGUGGCAGGACUAACCCAACAAACCUAGGCUCCAUACCCAGCCCUGUCCCCCUGAGCUGUGUCACAUUUCUACGAGGUUCACAUGAGAUGGUGGACAGUAGAGUUUGUGAACUAAAAGGCUAUGCCACAGGAAAGGGUCAGACUCACUGGAUCAGUUGUUUAACCUGUCCUGGUGCAGAGCUGAGGGUCAGGACCAGACCCUGGGCUUUUCUUGUCCUUCAUACUGGAGAGGCGUAUGAUUGCUGACUCAGCACGGAAGGUGCUUAGUUUCCCCCUUCACUGGAGGAAAACCUAAGAACCAAGCCUGCUUGACAGUGAGCCUGGCUUUCCUGGGGAAGCAAGGAGGUUAAAAGAUAACUCAGGACAGUGCAUUUGGCUGGAAGUCCUACUGGAUGACUUAUAGGGGCUCUGUUAUUAGUAGGAUUUUUAUAAUUUGAAGUAGAGCUGGGGGACUGCACGGCAAUGAGGGAGGCAGCCUAAAGUGGUGGGAAGACCUGGGCAAUUUGGGACUAGCAUAGACUGUCCCUUGAUCGCUGUUGUCAUCAGAACCACACACUUCUCAGAUCCUUGGGUUCCCCAUCUCAGAAUGCCCAGCUGGUUGAGUGUCUAGUCUGUUGUCCCAGGCUAGAGGGCCAUGGCAUCAUGGCUAACAGCAACCUCAAAUUCCUGGGCUCAAGUGAUCCUCCUGCCUCAGCUUCCUGAGUAGCUGGGACUAUAGGAGCCCACCACCAUGCCUGGCUAGUUUUUCUAUUUUUAGUAGAGAUAGGGUCUUGCUCUUGAUUGGGCUAGUCUGGAACUCCGGAGGUCAAGCAGCCUACUUGCCUCAGCCUCUCAGAGUGCUAGGAUUACAGGUGUGAGCUAUUGUGCCUGGCCAUAAAAGCCUAUUUAUAGUUAGAAAGUACCUGAAAUUUAAGUGACUUCUUAGUGAUAGGUGCCCUUCUUUGAUGGUUCUUGAAUCAUCCUAUAGAUUUAAUAAGUGCCCACUGUAUGCAAAACCAAAGAGAGGGUCCCAGUCUUUUCUGUCUUGUCUGCCCCAUUUGGUACUUCCUUCUUCCUGGGCUCUUUCCUCUAUACCAGGGAUCCUCAAACUUUUUAAACAGGGGUCCAGUUCAUUGUCCCUCAGACCGUCGGAGGGCCGGACUACAGUUUAAAAGAAAAAACUCUGAACAAAUUCUUAUGCACACUGCAAAUAUCUUUUUUUUUUAAGUAAAAAACCAAAAUGGGAACAAAUACAAUUACACUGCCUCAUGUGGCCCGCAGACCACAGUUUGAGGACCCCUGCUACCUUCAGCCUCUCUCUAUCUUAGUUGAUCUUGUCCCCUCUACCCUCAAAUCAGUACUCUUAAACAGAACCAAUCUCCAUGCCUUCUCUUGCUUUUCCUUUGCUGUGAUUUUUUUUUUUUGAGAUAAGAGUCUCAAGCUGUCACCCUGGGUAGAGUGCUAUGGCAUCAUAGCUCACAGCAACCUCCAACUCAUGUUCAAGUGAUCCCCUUGCCUCAGUUUUUCUAUUUUUAGUAGAGACCGUCUCACUCAGGCUGGUCUCAAACUCGUGAGCUCAAGCAAUCCACCCGCCUUGGCCUCCCAGAGUGCUGGGAUUACAGGCAUGAGCCACCAUGUCUGGCCUGCCAUUGUUGUUAUGCUCACUUGUUCUGGGAAGUCCACCUUCUGAGCCUUACUGCAGACAGAGCCUACCCCCAGACCCCCACCCUAGGGCAUUCAUGUGUCAAGCCACCCCUGGCAGCUGGGAACCAGUUAUGUGACUAUAGCUCCACUGGAUAUACCUACUCUGUAUGGACAUUGUGUUAUUGGUGGCAGUGGUACAGGAGGUAGCAUGGGCAGAGUAGAGUGGUAAGCCACUAGAACUACCACUCCUACUGGCUGGUGCCAGGAGUGCUCAGUGGUGGCAAUAGUUUGUUGUUGUUAUUGUUGUUUAGGCUCUCUCUCUGUUGACCAGGCUAGAAUGCAGUGGCAUCAACAUAGCUCACUGCAACCUCAAAUUCCUGGGCUCAAGCACUCUUCUUGCCUCCUGCCUCUCCCAAGUAUCUGGGACUACAGGCACCUGUCAUCAGGCCUGGCUAGGUUUUCUAUUUUUAGUUGAGACAGGGUCUCGUUCUUGUUCAGUCUGGCCUUUAACUCCUGAGCUCAAGAGAUACUCCUGCCUCUGCCCCACAGAAUGCUAGAAUUAUAGGCAUGAGCUACCACGCCCAGCUGCAACAGUGAUGUUUUCAGUGGAUCUGGACAUUGUUCCUGUUGGCUGAGCUUCUAGGCCUGUGACUUCUUUGGAGAAUCUAGGAGCUCCCCAAUAUCCUUUAAGGUGUGGUUUCUGAACAAUGCCACUGUUGACAGUUGGGCCAGAUAAUUCUUUACUGUGUCUAAGGAGAGCUGUCCUGGGUAGGAUAUUUAGCACCAUCUCUGCACUCUACCCACUAGAUACCAGGAGUAAUCCCCUAAUAUGACAACCAAAAAUGCUUCCACACAUUGCCACAUGUCCCCUGGGGGACAAAACUUCCCUAGUCGAAAACCCAUUUCCCUCCUCAUCCCAGCCCAACAUCUUCCUCUACCCUCCUCUGCUGACAGCUUCUCCUAGACAUGAUCCUCUCAGGCUGGUCCUGGUUCUGUGCCCUCAAUCUGAGCCCGCUUUAUCUCUUCUGAUUCCUCUUUCUUCAUCUGUCUCUGUUUAAAAGAAGUUGUUUUUUGGCAGUUUCUCUGUGCUCUUUUCUUCUUGGAAAGCUUGGAAAGCUCUUUUCUUCUUUGACCAUCUAAGAUGUCAAAGCUAAUGACACCUGCCCUGUCACCAUCUGGUAGCUAUUGCUGCCUAGGUUUCUCUUUAUCCUAAACCAAACUUGUUAUUGCCCACCCUAACACCCGUGUCCUGUGUUUCAAACAGUGAGGUACAUGCUCUUGCUUAAUCCAGGUGGAGGGCUUCUUGGAGGAAGUGAUACCUGAACUGAAUCCUGAAAAAUUGGGGGGAAAAAGGAGAAGGGAACAGGCACUGUGAGCAAAGGCCUGAAAGGGGAAGUGCCAGAGAAAGUAAAUGAAAAUCAUAUGUAGGGUAGACACCAUGGCUCACGCUUGUAAUCCUAGCACUCUGGGAAGCCAAGGCAGGAGGAUCCUUCAGCUCAGGAGUUUAACACCAGCUUGAGCAAGAGUAAGACCCCCAUCUCUGCUAAAAAUAGAAAAACUAGCUGGGCGUGCUAGCUUACUCCUGUAAUCCUAGCUCUCUGGGAGGCCAAGGUGGGUGGAUUGCCUGAGCUCAUGCUCUCUAGACCAGCCUGAGCUAGAGCGAGACCUUGUCUCUAAAAAAAAAAAAAAAAAAAAAAAUAGCUGGGUGUUGUGGCAAGCGCCUGUAGUCCCAGCUACUUGGGAGACUGGGACAAGACAAUAGCUUGAACCCAAGAGUUUGAGGUUGCUGUGACACUAUGGCACUCUAUCGGGGGUAACAGAGUGAGACUCUGUCUCAAAAAAUAAAAAGUAGAAAAACUAGGCAGCAUCCAUAGCUCAGUGGGUAGGGUGCCGGUCACAUACACCAGGGCUGGCUGGUUUGAACCCGGUCCCGGCCAGCUAAAGCAAUAAUGACAAAUGCAACAAAAAAAUAGCCAAGCAUUGUGGCAGGUGCUUGUAGUUCCAGCUACUUGGGAGCCUGAGGUAAGAGAAUCGCUUAAGCCCAAGAGUUGGAGGUUGCUGUGAGCUGUACCGCCACAGCACUCUACCAAGGGUGACAUAGUGAGACUCUGUCUCAAACAAAAAAAAAAAAAAGAAAAACUAGUCGGGUGUUGUGGCAGGUGCCUAUAAUCCCAGCUACUCAGGAGGCUGAGGCAGGACGAUAGCUUGAAUCUAGGAAUUUGAUGUUGUGAGCUAAGCUGAUGCCACAGCAUUCUAGUCCAGGCAACAAAGUGAGACUCUGUCUCAAAGUAAAAGGAAGGGAGGGAGGGAGGAAAUCCUAUGUAAAGGUCUCUUCUAUGACCUAUAGUAGGUACACAAUCCAUGGUAGAUGUCUAAACAUAAUGGUCACCUACCUAGUACAGUCCCUUUUCAGAUGAAGAGCCUAAGUGCUGAGGAAUUACUUUGUCAAAUGCUUCUCCACCCAUCAGAGCCAGCCUCUGUCUUCCCAGCCAAAGCAAUGUGCCAUCUAGAAGACAUGUUCAGUUAAGUGGGAUCCAGGGCCAGAUGGAAAAUACCAGUAUUUGGUGAGGUUUAUGUUCUGUGUAGCUACCAUUAUUCUACCUUUUCUACUGAGCCUUCAUUUGUGUUCCCUUGGGCCACUUGGCCAGGUUACCACAGCCUGUGGGAAGGUUUUACUCAGAAACAUAGGAACAGCUGCAGAAUGGGAAGUGCUUUGCCUGCCUCCCUGGCCUCCUAAACCAAAUUUGGUAUUGCCCACUUUUUAUCCCCACCUGUGAAGAUGCUUAUGGCAGCCUUCUGCAGGAGGUUGCUGAGUUACUGAGGCCUGCAUAGGGGCCAUCAUUGGGCCAAAGUGUGUUGUAUGGGAGUUGCUGCUGCAUCCUGUCAGACUAGCAGACCAGUGUGCUUUAUACCAGUCGCAUACCAGUGUAAAGAGCCCUGUGAGAGCUGCUUGAAAGGUACAGCUGAGGAUGGCACCUUCCAGACCAGUGCUAAAUCUAAACCAGGUUCAGUUUUCCGUUUCUUUCAGGGUGAAACUGGUGUAUUAGUCUACACUAGCUCUCCAUUGUGUAAAAAAUGAAGAGAACAUUCUUGUCUUGUUUCCCAAAGUAUAAGACACUUUAUUUCUCAUUAGGUAUACAUGUUUAUUAUAAAAACUAAUUUAAACAAUACUGAGAUGCUAAACGGAAAGUAAGCUAGGCCCCCGUAGCUCAGUGAGUAGGGCUCCAGCCACAUACACCUAAGGUGGCCUGUUCGAGGGGGCAGGUUCGAGCCCGGCCCGGGACUGCUGAACAAUAAUGACAACUGCAACCAAAAAUAGCCGGGUUUUGUGGCGGGCACCUGUGGUCCCAGCUGCUCUGGAGGCUGAGGCAGAAGAGUCGCUUGAGCCUAAGAGUUUGAGGUUGCUGUGAGCUGUGAUGCUACAGCACUCUACUGAGGGUGACAUAGUGAGAUUUUUGUCUCAAAAAAAAAAAAAGUAAAAUUCACCCAGAUCCCACUUAUAUAAUCACAACUGACAACCAGCUGUUGAGCCGUCCAUCCUUUUCACCCCUCAGGUAAGCACAAAGAUCCUUAUUUUUUCAAUUACAAGGGCUACCUGGUAUUGGCACUUAGUGAAUAUCAGAACUUAUGCCAAGUGCUGGCUGGCAGCAGCCCCUCUUGCCCUCCAGGCCUUUGUCUCUGUUAUCUGUUCUGCUGGCUAUACCAGAUGCAGUUCUCUCCUUAUAAUUUUAGGAUUCAUCAUCUUAAAUAUUAUUGACACUUCUUCAGAGUCUUCCUGACAUCAAAAGUCAGGUUCCUUGUUAGUUUUCAUCACAUCCAUUACUUUUCCUUUAUCUGCUUGUACCAUAAUCUGUUAUUUAUUUUUAUGCUUGUUCAAUGUCUGGUUUUGUUGUUAUUAGCCUGGAAGCUCUCAGAAGGCAGGAACUGUUUGCUGCUACAGACAUGUUCAAUAAAUAUUGUUAAAUAAAUGAAAUGAUCUCAUUUUCACAACUGUGUGUGAUACCAUUUUAGCCCCAUUUUAGAAAUGACUAAAGUGAGGCUUAGAACCUUUCCUUAACGAGCCCAAGGUCACAUAGCAAAUCAGUGGAUCCAUGUGUUUGUCUUCACCCAGCCUGUGUGCUGUUAAGUCUUGACCACAAAGCAACCGUGGCUUCUCACAGACUGGCAGAAAACUUUUCCUUUUUAUGAAGAUAUUGUACAACCUUUCCUUGUCA